CGAUGCUUUGGUUUGUUCCAACGCGUCCAAAAGGCGGUGGCAGAAAUUUAGCUUAGUCCCACGUGAUCGUACAUACAGCUGGAAGGGAAGCCGUUUGUCACUCUCUCUUCCUUCCUCAAGGUCAAACGAUACACCGUAUUCUCUAGGAUUCCUCACGAACCAUGGCACCAAAUGCUGAAGAAGCCGAAGCUCACCAAGCACUCCUCGAUCAGCUCAAUAUCCACGACACUCCAAAACCUUUCAAGAACUCCCACUGGAAACCAAGUCAACGCCGCAACAAGAACAUCAAAACAAUCCUUGGAGACGCGAUUCGAAAAGAAGCGUCCCUCCAACCUACGCAAGACAAUAGCGGUGCCGCGACUCCCAAUCUCGACGAAUCUAGUACAUCCACCGACGAUGGAGAAUCCACCCCUGCCGUCUCGACUCCUGGCUCUAUGCUCCAACCCAAUCUCGCACAAGCUUCGAGAAGUCUGUCAAAGAUGGUGCUGGAGAAGAAUAUGAAGGCCUUUGAGUCCUCGUCUACGCCAUCUGCUACCUAUACCAAUAUCGAAGCUACGCCUACACUUGGUCAUCCUAAGCAUUAUUGUGAUAUUACUGGUUUGCCAGCACCAUAUACCGAUCCGAAAACGCGAUUGCGAUAUCACAAUAAGGAAGCUUUUGCGGUUGUUAGGAGUUUGGGCCCAGGUGUUGCGGAGCAAUACCUUGAAGCUCGUGGUGCCCACACAGUCUUGAAAUGAGCGAGACAAGCAUGGACAAUGCUUUCAAGAAGUAAAGAGGAUCUGGCACGUUGGGCACAAAGUAGAAGAUGUUUGCUCUAGUAGCCCUCGCCCUACUACCAAAGCUCGACACAUACACAGCAGUACAGUCUCAGGAUCCCCCUCUAGUAGCUAUGAGAAUACCCUGGCGCUCAUGCUG